AAAAAAUGGUAACAUUUUUAUAACUUAUAUUUUUUUUAAUAAGUUUCUAUAAUCAUUUGACAAAAAAAUGUUGAACAAAAUGUUUUCCUCUAUUUUAGCCAAUUUUUUUCUUUUAUUAAUAAUUGGUGGAUUUUCAACGACUGUUUUAAUUAAUUGCACAGCAGCAAAAAAUGGAUUAACAGAACUUAAAGAAAUAGCAUCUCCUGAACUUAUAUACAAUGAAGUUGGGGAAAGUUCAGGUAGUGAUGACAAAGAUGGAUCAACUCCUAGUUCUGGAGAAGGUUCUACUCCUGAUUCUGAUGGGAAUACUACUCCUAGUUCUGGAGAAGGAGAAGGUUCUACCCCUGACUCUGAUGGGAAUACUACUCCUAGUUCAGGAGAUGGAGAAGGUUCUACUCCUGACUCUGAUGGGAAUACUACUCCUAGUUCUGGAGAAGGAGAAGGUUCUACCCCUGACUCUGAUGGGAAUACUACUCCUAGUUCAGGAGAUGGAGAAGGUUCUACUCCUGACUCUGAUGGGAAUACUACUCCUAGUUCUGGAGAAGGAGAAGGUUCUACCCCUGACUCUGAUGGGAAUACUACUCCUAGUUCAGGAGAUGGAGAAGGUUCUACUCCCGACUCUGAUGAAACUAGCACACCCAGUUCAGGUAGUGAUGACAAAGAUGGAACAACUCCUACAACAGGAAAUGGAUCCACCUCUAAUUCUAAUGGCAACAGUACACCAAGUUCAGAUGACGAUGAUAAAAAUGGAUCAACUCCCAACUCUAAUGCAACUCCUACACCAAGUCCUAAUAACAAAAAGAAUAAAAAAUGCACAUUCCGUUUGUAUUGCUACAUUAAAAAUAAGAUAUUAAAUUUUAGAUGUUGGAUUACUAGGGCUAUACUUAGAAUAAAAUUUCUUAAUUUUUUGACUAACGGUCGCAUAUAUUCGUGGUACGUGAAUAAAUGUCCUUACAAUUAAUGGAAUUUUUAUUAUUUAACUUGUUGUCAGGUAUUCAUUAAUAAAAUUUUUAAAAAAAUAAAUUUUUAAUUAAAAAAAUUAAAUAUUAAUUUUUAAUUAUAAAUUAAUUACUACUAAAUACUUAUUGUAUAUUUUAAAUAUCCAAAUUCUAAAAUUUCUGAAAAUUGUUAAUUUGUAAUCAAUAAAGU